AUGUCAUCCUCAGUUGAGCAGAAGCUUCCCACGGAGCUACUAGAACAAGUACUAUCUUUCGCUCCUCGCGAUUCUCUCCUGAGUUUAUGCCUAACCUCAAGAGACUUCAACCGCAUCGCCACGCCAUUUCUGUACUCGGGGAUAGAUCUGAAGGAGACGCACCAUCUCCCCGCCCUCGCGUACUUGAUGUUUACCUCCCCAGCCCACGCCGCUCUUGUCGAAUCAUUCAUCGUACCUGAUUCAUGGGCAAGGACCAAAGGGAAGUCUCGUGACUGUUCAUGGCCUGAACUCAAAGAUACAGAGGUGCAGAGCGUCUUGAAGGCCAAGAGUGCAGCAUUUACGUCUAGCGAAGAAGAGGCCAACGAACUCUAUGGUAAGAUUUCAUCUGGCGAGAAUGAGGAUGCUAUCAUGGCAGUUCUACUCGCUUGUCUUCCCCAGUUACGACGACUGGAUUUCAGGGUUAGCACUGGCAAAGCCCCAGCAGACUCAAAGACGGUAUCUCCAGUGUCGCGCAAUGAUCACGUUGAUUUCCACCAUAUCGACAUCAUGGUCAGAUUCACAGGGCCGGUGCGCAGGUACUCCAACUACACCUUACAUCUGGCAAACUUCUUCCAUCUUCCCAAUGUCCGCUCUAUAUACGGAUGGAGGCUUGGGGAUAUGGGUGAUCCUCCGGAUUUGGAAGAUGCGAAGAAUCCGUUCGCAACGCUGCCACUUCGAUCAUGCCCGGUGGAAUACAUCGAACUGCGUCGCUCCCAACUACACAAAGACCAUUUCCAGCUUAUGAUGGAUGCAACAAUACCCGGGAAAUUGAAGACGUUUAGCUACGAGAUUGGCGAUCGAUCAUGGUCUUGGUGUGGUACGGAUCACCAGGCAAUCAUGAAGAGCCUGCAGCCACAUUGUGAGUCGCUGGAAGGACUGAGUCUGAGCUACGACGGUGCCUAUCUUUAUCAUGACAAACGAAUUCGCGAUAAUCCUGGACUAUGCUCAUUCAAGUCCUUCGUUGCGCUGAAGCGACUCAGAGUGGCUCCUCUAUAUAUAUGGUCUCACAGGACACUGUUUCGCCAAGCAAAUAUGCAACGUUCUGCUCAGGAGCAACUUUGGUCUGUGCUACCUGAAAACCUAGAAGAGCUCUGGAUUACGAGGACCCAUGACCAGACUCGGGUCGGCGGACAUGACGGAGAUUUCCCAUUCGCCUCGAAUUGCUUACUCCCAGCGCUUCAUGAUGUCGUGCAGAACAAGUGGAAUGCUUUCCCCAAGUUACGUCUCUUGCGUAUCGAAUUUCCCCUGCUGGACUGGAAGGACGAAUGGUUUGACGAAAUAGCAUCGAUCUGCCAGCUAGCCGCUGUUGGAGGAAUAAGAACUACCGUUAUAUUGUGCGACAUGUUCUAUGAAGGCAGUCCUUUUACCAUCGAGCGACCUUGGGGCUGGAACGAAGAUAUUGAAUGGGAGUCAGAUGUUAAAUGGCAGCCAACGGCAACUAAGGGCACCAACCGAGAAUGCGCAAAGGUAUGGAUCGACGCAACACAGCAGAAACAUCUCGCUGCAAUACUCAAAGACAUGAAGGUCAGGUUCGAGGAAGAGAACGAGAUGUUUCGUAAGGCGGGCAGUGUGGUAUAUGAACCACGGGGAUCAAGUGAAGAUGCUCGGAUCCGCGAUUUGGAGUAUGGCUAUGAGGCUAGUAGAGAUCUCGGCUUCCCUGAACGGUUCGUUGAUGAGCGGUUGCAGAAAGAGCCGUACUGGAAGGGACGUGGUAAGGAAACUAUACCGUCUCCUAAGUCAGUGGCUAGCUGA